AUGGUGAGCAAUCCCACAUCACUCGGGGAGGGAAAGGUGAAGUGCCUUAUAUGUGUGGGAACUUCUCUCCCUAGCAAGAGACCUUUUGGGCAAGAUAGCAUUAGCUUGAGCCCAAACCGUGAGGGGGGAGGUCCAAAGCGGUCAAUAUCUUGCUAUGGGAGUCGGGUCAUGACACAAGAGACCAUCACACACUGA